AUGUCAGACAGAAGUAUUAUACCUCCUCAGGAGGUGAUGGAUAAAAAAGAUUGUAAUGAAACAUUAGAAGAACUUCUUAAAUUACCUUAUUAUCAUGGAUUUCUUCCACGUGAAGAUAUGAGAAAAAUGCUUUUAAAACCAGGAGAUUUUCUUGUUAGAUUAUCUCAACCUUCAGAAGGUAAACGAAGAGUAUAUGUUCUAUCGGUAGCAAAAGAAAAUAAUGCAAAAUAUCCUAAAUUAAAACAUUAUUUAUUGACAAAAAAUGAUAAAAAUGAGUAUAUUGUUGAGAAAAAUAAGUUUGAAACAAUUAAAGAGUUAAUUGAAUAUUACUGGAAACAACAACAAAAUGUAUCAGAUAAGAGGGAAUUAAUUCUAUUAAAUCCUAUUGAAAGAAAACCAUGGGAAUUGGAUCAUUCAAAUAUUUCAACAGGAAAAAGGCUUGGUGAAGGUGCUUUUGCUAUUUGUAAAUUAGGUAAAUUUACACAUCCACGAAAAAAAAAGACUGUAGAAUGUGCAAUAAAAAUACUUAAACUUGAAAAAUUAAAUAAAGCACAAAUAAAAGAAUUCAGUAAGGAGUGUCGAUUAAUGAGAAAAUUAAAUCAUAGAAAUAUAGUAAAAUUUUAUGGUCUUGCUGCACAACAAGAACCAUUAAUGUUAGUUAUGGAAUUAGUUAGAAAUGGUUCUUUGGAUAGUUAUUUAACAAAUAAUGUUAUUGAAAUUAAUAUUAAAAUAAAAAUGUGUUAUGGAGCAGGAAAAGGAAUAAGUUAUCUUCAUAGUCUUAAUAUUAUGCAUAGAGAUAUAGCAUCAAGAAAUUGUCUUGUUGAUAAAUAUCAAGAAGUAAAGAUAUCAGAUUUUGGAAUGAGUGUUAUUGGGAAGGAAUAUGAUCUCAAUCCUGCUGAUAAAGUACCAAUAAAAUUUUUGGCACCUGAAACUUUAAGAUAUAAAAAAUAUUAUCAUAAAACGGAUGUUUUUACCUAUGGUAUUCUUGUUUGGGAAAUAUUUAGCAAUGCAAAAGAACCAUACCCAAAAAUGACAGCAUUAGAAACAAUAAAGAAAGUUGUUAUGGAAAAAUAUCGUAUGCCAUUUCCAGAAGAAACUCCUAAUUUUAUAAAAGAAUGUAUUUUUCAAAAGGCAUGGUUACACAAUCCAGAUGAUCGUUCAAGUAUGGAUGAGAUAAUAAAAAUAUUUGGUAAGGAUGAUUUUCAAAGAAAAGAUAGAACUAUUGAUCUUGUUAUGGGAGAUGAGUUAGAUACCAAAUCUAAACUUAGUCUUUCAAUUUAUCAAGUACAAGAUAUGAAUGAGAAUAAAAAAACAAAUAACAAAAAUUAA